GGGACGAGAGAACGUGUGUUUCUGUCGUGCGAAUAGGAACGAGAGAGCGCGAGGAACGAGGGAGAGAGAGCGAGACCGAGAGCAGAAAGCCGCCGCUUGUUGUGAAGUAGAAAAAGAGGGUGAACAAAAAAAGGAUCGGAGGAGAAAGAACCAGCGGUUGGGAGCAGAGCAGAGAUGUUGGAGCUCUCGUCCGAGCUGGGCUUUGUGCAGAGUGUGUGUGUCGACGGCAUAUGCUGCCCCCCCUCUGCACCCCACCCCACCGCCGGAUCCAUGAGGGCCGACGAGCUGCUGCUGAGUAACGGCACGGCCGGGAAGAUGAACGGCGCGUUGGAGCAUUCGGACCAGCCCGACCCAGACGCCAUCAAGAUGUUCGUGGGCCAGAUCCCUCGCUCCUGGUCAGAGAAGGAGCUGAAGGAGCUGUUUGAGCCCUACGGGGCCGUCUAUCAGAUCAACAUCCUCCGAGACCGCAGCCAGAACCCUCCACAGAGCAAAGGUAUGGCGGGGAGACA